AUGAAAGGCACUUGCUGCGCUAGCCGUGUGUUAAGAGCUUUGUUGAAGGCAUUGAAGGCAUCCCCAUGCUUUUGCCUAAGCUGCCAAGGCAGUUUGUGUGGACCUCAGCAAUGCUCAGGUGCUAUUUGCGCUUUCCAAUUUCGAAGUGGUAGUAGUGCUGCAGAGGGCUUCGGCAGCCGUGGUCAAGUUGUCUUCUUUGUGACAAGCCUACCAAUCGACACCUGCAUCAUAGAAGCUGACGUGGUUUCUUGUAAAGCAGGGCAAAGCAUGCCCCAUCCUGCGAGUCAGUGGAAGGGAAGCCGUUGCGUCAGAGGAUAA